AGCCAUUCACAUCCUGUAAACCCUUCAAAACUCAAAAGGCUUAUUCUCAAGACUUCUCUCAAACCAACACCACAAUGGGUUUUCGUCUACCUGGCAUCAGAAAGGCACUAUAUGCAGCAAAUCAAGCAUCUUCAAAAGCGGUGGAUGCCCCAAAGGGCUAUCUCGCAGUCUAUGUUGGGGAGAAAAUGAAGCGAUUUGUAAUCCCAGUAUCAUACUUGAACCAACCUCUAUUCCAAGACUUGUUGAGUCAAGGUGAGGAAGAAUUUGGAUAUUACCAUCCAAUGGGUGGUCUCACAAUUCCUUGCAACGAAGAUGUCUUCCAACGCAUAACUUCUGGCUUGAAUUCAAAAUAAAUCGCACACCUUUGGAGAAUAACGUCCAUCAGUGAAGACAUUUUGUGCAUUGGCCGUCAAAAUUCAUAUUAUAUAGACUGAGUCUAACGUGAUUAAUUCAUUUUGUACAACGUUCUGUAAAGAGUUACACAUUCUUUAUUAGGAAAAUCAGUUUUCUCUCCAAGGAUGCCUUUUGUUUGUACUAUAUAUAUAACUGUGAUUUACUUUU